GCCCCUCACAGGACACUUCCCUGCAGGAUUGGAGGCACCAUGCAGCCCCGGGUGCUCCUUGUUGUGACCCUCCUGGUGCUCCUGGCCUCUGCCCGAGCUAAGGAGGCAGAGGAGGCCUCCUUGUUUGGCUUCAUGCAGGACUACAUGAGCCACGCCACCAAGAGGGCCCAGGAUGCAAUGACCAGUAUGCAGGAGCAUCCACUGGCCCAGCAGGCCAGGGGCUGGGUGGAUGGCGGCCUCAGUUCCCUGAAAGGCUACUGGACCACAUUGACGGACAAGUUCUCUGGGCUCUGGGAUUCCACCCCUGAGGCCCAACCAACUCUGGCUUCUGAGGUCGUCUGA